AUGAGCACCAGCACUGCUCUUUUACCAGAUCCAAAACAACAUCCAGACAAUGCCAACUUACCAAAUGUCAACGAACCUGAGACAAUCCUUGGUCUCACAAUUGCUUUCCUGUCAGUCGCCAUCUUUACAUUGAGCUUGCGGUUAUGGUUCCGUAUCAAGGACCGUCUUUGGGGCUGGGAUGACUUGUUCGUGGUCCUCGCCGCCGCUGCGAGCUUUGUCGGAGACAUCAUGGUUUGCAUGAUGCCAGACGAUGGUCUUGGUCUGCACUUGUGGACACUUGAUGCUGAGCAUCUUACGUCGUAUUUCAAGCACAUAUACUCGACAAAUGCCGCCUACACUGCGAGUACAGCACUAAUCAAGCUUUCUAUCCUCAUACAGUAUCUUCGUCUCUUUGCCGAAGCCGCGCCUUCAGCGACUCAUGCUCAGUAUCGCCUUGCACGAUGCGUUACCUGGGUCAUGAUUGUCAUAUGCUCAUUGUGGGGACUGACUUUCUUCUUUCUCGCACUUUUCCCCUGCAAUCCCAUCGCCAAAAACUGGAAUCCAACAUUGGAUGGCACAUGCAUCGGGUGGGGCAGCAAGAACCCUCAAGACUUUUUUCAUAUGUUCUUGGGACAUGCUGUCAGUAACUGCUUGCUGGAUAUUCUGGUCCUUCUUCUACCUGUUCCUUUCGUAACCACAUUGAGGAUUGCGGGUAAAAGUCGAGCAGGCUUGGUCGGUCUAUUCAGCUUAGGCUGUGUCGUGGUCAUCGUGGCUAUCGGCCGCAUGAUCGCCAUGUCUGUCAACAAAGCGGGUACCGAACCCGUUCUUGACAUGUCUUUCCAUACCCCCAUAGUGUACAUCUUCGCCGUCCUCGAAGUCAACUUCGCCAUCAUCACGGCUUCCAUACCCAUCUUCUGGCCUGCCAUAGCAACAUUGGCAUCCAACAAAAUUUUCGUCGUCAACGAAGUGCAGAUACAUGUUGAACAUGUUACAAGAAACGACAGCUUCGACUCCAAUGCCGGUGGCAUUAGCCUUAGUGACAGAAAGAUAACAUCAUCUGGAGGGGAUAGUAAGAUGGGUGUCAUCACAACGAUAUCUGAUCAAAUGCCACGGAAGUCGGGGGAAAAGUCAUCCCCUAUAAACCAUUAUCAUAAAUCGAGCAAUGCUUCCUCUAUUGGUCCGACUCUUGGGGGCUUUGGAGGUCGGAAAGCAAGCACUGCCUCAUCUGUAGGCCGAACAAUGGGCAUGGAUCUCGCCGGCCGCCCCAGUCAAGAUUCACUACGACACCUAUACCGUAUUCCCAGCAACGAGAACCGGAGUUCAAAAAGCCUGACGCAGAGCGAGGGCGACGACUGGUUCAUGGAGAUGGACAGGGCGAAUUCACGAGGACAGGUGACGACCACGGUCCAAAAAACAUCGGUUCCGUUUGACCACAUCAAGACGUAUGACAACAAGUAA